GAGAGGCUGAGUAUCCAGUAUGUGGUAAUACCAAGCGAGUAUGAGGCUGGAAACCAGGAGCAACACACCACAUGAUACCAAAGGAAACAGAAAAUGGCAAAAGCACGUGUGAUGGGUCCUGCCAACAUGGUGGUUCAAACCUGUGAGCUUUGAUGACACUGCACCAUGUACAGUGUGGAAGAUCUCCUCAUUUCUCAUGGAUACAAACCAGCUCGAGAUGUCCCAGCACCACGGGAGGACAAAUCAGAGGGCUGCCGGCCAACAAGGACAAGAGCACGAGCUGGCCAAGGCCUGUUGAACGGCUAUGAGGAUGGCUCUACAGCCCAUGUGCACAGUAGGAAGUCCCUGGGGACAGGACACAUGAGCAGCUCUGAAAGCCGCAGCAGCAAGCCAAGAGGCCACGGGGAGCACCAAAGCACUUCUGCUUCUAGAACUCCUGAGGCGGGGUUUUUAAAUCAACCUUCCUUAGCAUGGUCCUCUCAGCCCCAUACUGGUAGCGACCACGCCUACAGGAGCAGAGGAAGGCAGGAGAACAGUAGCUUGCUGGGUCCCAGGGACCGGGAAGAGGUGGAGAUCAGAGGAAUGGCUCAGGCCCACAGUCUGCCCAUCCAUAUGAGAGAGAGUCCGUGGGAAGUUGCAGGAAGGACAGAGCAUGUGAUAAAGAAGGCUGUUUGGGAAGAAGAGAUGAGGGUGCCGGCUCCUGCUAAGUGGCAGAAUGUGAGCUUGGAAAGCUGGAAGCAGCCGAGGAAGUUAGGGAGGCAAGUGUCCGAUGGUGAUAAAGAGAAAAUGUUCCGGGAUCUGUACCAGUUCGUUCAAGGAGAGCACAUGCUGACAUCUCAGAACAAAAAGAAAUCCCAGUCAUUGCCUCGAGUUCUUUCUCCUGAGAGCCUGAGUUUCACCGAAAUUUCUGUUCCACGACGUGAUGGGCACUUGACAGGUGUCCCCAAAGUGCCACCAUACCCUCCCAGCUUCCCACCACCUUUGGAACCCACAAGGAAACUUGAGAAGGCGAGUUCUUCAGGCCCUUUUCCCCGGCCUAAGUUUGGGAAACCCCUUAAAACCCCAUGUUAUGGCUCUCACCCACAGCCCAGGGGAGAAGAUGGAUUUCAAGGCCACCAACACAAGGACCCACGUGGCUCCUACCCAACAAGAAGUAAGGAGUCCAGGCAUGAGCUAGGUGUGCUGGACACUGGCUUGGAGCCUCCGGUGUAUGUACCUCCACCAUCAUACAGGUCACCCCCGCAGCAUAUUCCGAACCCCUACCUUGAAGAUCCAGUGCCCAGGCUUAUGAGCAGCAGCCAGAGUCAACAACAGCAACUCCCUGAAAAAGCUGAGUCCAGCUGUCCAGUCCCUUCUGGCUCUCUUGCAGCUAGGAACCUCUAUGAUGCAGUGCCUGGCUCUCCUCCUCCAGGUCUCCCUCCACACCCCUAUCCUGUUGCCACCCACGGGGGUUCUAUUCAGUACAUUCCAUUUGAUGAUCCACGGAUUCGACAUAUCAAACUAGCUCAGCCCCCAGAAUUCUAUGAGGAGGCAAAGCUUGAUAACAGAGCCUAUAAUGCUGGUAUCACUUCCCAAGAUUCAGCUCUUGGGAAAAGACAGUACAAUGGUGCCCUUUUAUCACCACAGGGCCCAGCACCCCCAUCAGGCAAUGAGCAGGGCUCAGCCUUUGCCCAUUCCAGUCCCCGGUGGCUGCGGCGCCAUAUCCCCAUGGACAUCGAACAUGGAGGCUUCUCUGGCCAGAUAGAACAGCAUGCCGUGGUGAGAGGACUAGGGACUGAUGGGAGAGACAGCCAAACAGAAAGCCAUGCCUCUUCCCCACAGCCACAGAGUGAGGGUACCUGUAAAACCUACACUAAGCUCAAAAAGUUUGAAACCGGGAUUCAGACCAAGAAAAGUUCAAAGAAGAAAACCAAUGCGACCAUAUUUUGUUUGGUUUCUGUUCCAGUUAAAUCUGAGCCACCUCUGCCAGAUACGGACACGGAUGACAAUGACUUGAAGCUGGAGGCUGACAAGACCACACUCGGGCUGUGUCAGGGGACAGCCCUGGAAGAGCAAAGUCUGUUGAGUAUGUCGUCCACCGACCUGGAGCUCCAAGCCCUCAUGGGAAGCAUGGCUUGGAGAAGAACACCCCCAAGACAAGGUCUGGAGGAGCCAGAAGAUGGCCAGACUGGCCACCUCAGAAUGCCACACCUUACCAAACCCAGGGAGCUCCAGCCUUCUGGCUCAUGGCCAGGCCACCAGUACAGAGAUCAGCAGACCCAAACCAGUUUCCCUGAAGACUCCAAAAACUCACAUCUCCCCCUUGCCACACAGCCAGAAGAGCCCAGUAAUGCAAUGCUCACCCCAACAUGCCCAGAGCUCACUGACUCUGAAGUACACCCGCAUGCAGCCUUAGCGUGUGGUGACCAAAGUCAGAAGCCCAGUGUACCUCACCUCAGAGGACAAAUGUCCCUCAGCCCGUCUCAAAACAGUGCUUUUUCGAGGACUUCCUCAGCCAUAAACCAGGCACCUGUGCCAAAAGGGGUUCCUGGUCAGCCCCCUAGGGCCAGCCCUGUACUCAAGCCAGAGGUGGUGAAGGGGGCGUCUAUAGCAGGCCAGUGCAACAGCACACAACUCUUUGGUCAGUUUCUCUUGAAACCAGUUAGCCGCCGGCCCUGGGAUCUGAUAAGUCAGUUAGAAAGUUUUAACAAGGAGCUGCAGGAAGAGGAAGAGAGCCACGGUGCUAGUGGUGGGGACAGUAAUGAGUGCAGUGAGACAGAACAGCCAAGGGACUGUGCUGAUUCCAGAGCCAAGAACAGGGGCUGCCAUGAAACCAACCAGAAAUGGGGAGCAGAGCAGCAGUCUGCAGGGCUGGUACCGGAGGAGUCAGGGUUCCAGCAAGGAAGACUUAAGAAUGAGUCGGAGAAUCAGAGUGAGGAACCAAAACCUGGCCACCCAUGUUCCUUUCCACUGUCCCUGGGCCAACAGGAGGAAGACUGCAGAGGCGCUCUUGCCCAGCAGACAAAUGGAAGCCUGGCUGCAGAGCAGCGAAGCUGGGAGGUUCCGAAUGGCAUGUGUGAGCGCCAUAUCAGCGAAAGUCCUCUGAGCACGAUGGCUGCGAGUGACACAAACACAGCCCCAUUUUUCUACCUGGCAGAACUGAGAGGAAGUCAAGAAGUCACCGAAGUCAACCAUGCUUUAGGCUCUGUACAGCUGGGCAGAGAGAGUCCUCCAAAGGUGGAUAGUGGUGAGGAAAGAGACACAAAGGGCCUACUGCCUUUUGCUGACAAAUACCAAGGCCUCUCAACACCAGACUUGCGGUCUUUGGGGCUCACACUGGGACAAGAGCAGAGUGCCUAUAAAUCGGAGUCCCUGGGUAUAGAGAAUACAGUGGAAGCCCUCCCAAGUGAGUCUCUGCAGGAGAGGGCAGAGAGGAUCCUGGGCAUUGAGGUGGCUGUGGAGUCUCUCCUGCCAGGUGCCAAGAGAGGGGGGCAGAGCCAGCUCCCCGAGCCUGAUGCAAGUGCCUGCAGCCCAGCGUCAUCCAGAGAGGACUCAUGGCCCAGCUCAGCACCAUCAGGGGGCCUCACAGUGGCCACUGAUGCCUUCUAUGGCAGGAGAAAGUGUGGCUGGACUGAGAGUCCUCUCUUUGUAGGGGAAAGGGCCCCCCAGGCGUCUGUGUGCUCGGAUAUGGAUGGGUUCCCUGCAAGCCAGGCCACCAGUCCUGAGCCUGACACAAAGCACCAGGAGGCAAAACCCCCCUUCAAGUCCACUCUGUUCCAUCUCAUGGAAAAGACUGCAGGUGAUGCUGGCUCUGAAAAAAGGCUCAGAAGUCCUUCCAAAGUGAUUGAGAGUUUACAAGAAAAGCUGGUAUCGCCCCCAAGAAGGGCUGACUCAGAUCGCCUGGUAAGAAUGAGGGAGAUCAACUCCUUGACUCGGAUGAGGUGUCUGAGCUCCAAGAGUGCAGACUCCAUGGAGGAGCCCGACCACCCAAGGGCCACCAAGAGUCAGGCCUGGCAAGCGGGACAUCUGUCCUCUGUUUCUCAGGAUGCUGUCCCUCAAGAAGAAAAUGGGCAUAUGGAAGUGCCAAGGAGGAAGCUGUCUGACCAGGACUUGUGGUAUGCAGAGUCAUAUGAUCCCAGCCGAGUGGAGAGGGUGUGACUGAUGCUGGUGAAGCCCACGGGUGUUCUCUGGUGAACUCAACUGCCUUGUCCAGGCUGGAGCUGGAAACGGCUGGGUUUUCAGUGUCCAGACUCCUCCUAGCCUGUCCAUGGGAAGUCAGCCAUCCCUGCAGAAUUGUUGUGGAGCUAAAGCAGGGGUGUUGCUGGCACCGUCUGUCUUUAGAGCAUGGACAUAUAAUUCCCAUAUUUAGAAAUGAGUUUCCAUAUCAGUUCCCCUUUCUGGUGGAUUAGGCAGAGCUGGUAAAUAGCUUGGUGUUAAUCUGUGAAAAAUCAAAUACGGAAGACACAGUGGGUGAUUUCGAUUGGACCAUAACAUCACCCAUUCCCUGCCAUAUCUCCCCAGCUCAUGCUUAGAGUGUGGCCAGGCCUCUGCUUGGUAUUUGCAGUUAUGGGGAAUAUGAGUGAGGAUGUGUGACCCAUUUUUAUUACUCAACCUUCGGCAGUGUAACUUGUAAGUAACUGCUACCAGACUUACAGCAGCUUCUUUGUGUUCCCGAAGGGUCACACUCACGCUGUAACUUACCUGAGAAGCAAACAUGCUGCUCUCUGCUUUGCACUCAGUCUUCCCUAGGUUUUACUUUCUGUGUGAAUGUUUAGAUAUUCUUUAUAUGAAAAAUAAUUGCUGGUUUAAAACAGACCAUGGUAACAAAGUAACUAUAUUUCUUUUUAUAAAAUUGCUAUUUUUCUAUGAUGUAUAAACAGUUCUUAGGUGGCAGAUUUUUAAGGAAGUGCUAUUUUAUUUAAAAGUCUAUCCCUGUGUGUGUGAGGGACCCAAGAGGGCCCACCUCGGCUCCAAAGCUGUUAGCCCUGCUCCAACUUCAGCUCUGCUCCUUUUAACUCUGUGUCAGGGAGUGCCAGUGAAAACCAAUUACAGGUUCAUUAACUCUCACAAAGAUGUUUUUCCACAGAUGGAGCUCUGAGGUUCCAUUUCAAGUCACCCCCACCCCCUCAAAAUUGGCCAACAAUUUCAUGGUCAUUUUGCAGCCAUCUCAACUAGAAUUGCCAAAAAACAAACAAACAAACAAACAAAAAAAAAAAAAACCCAUAGUUUCAUCUUGUAUCUCUGUGGAGAAUCUGCCCCAAGAAGAAUUUUUCCUCUUGCCCACCCUUUAAAGAAAGAUAUAUUUUUGUCUAGAAUGAUCCCGAUGAUUAAUCUUGCACAUCGUAAGCAGCGUUUGGGAACAGUGCGCAGGUGGCGUUCUGUGUGUGUUUGCUGCGAUGGAAGUCUCAGGAGGCCUGUGGUGCUACCCCUGCGUUUGCCUGCAUAGUUUAUGCAUUUUUGGCAUUUAACCCCUCUGUCUGAGGAAGGUAUCCUUGCUACCUAACAUUUUCCAAUAUGUUUGUCCCCUUUUCCCCCCUCCUUCUUUUUUGUUUCCUUCACUCUCUAUUAAUUUUUUGAGACAUUUAGUUAAUCUGUUUUGAGACCUGUCAAAUUCCUUCAGUGUGAGUCAUGGCUGGUCUGCCCUCUGGCCCUAAGAAGACUUUUAUGGCCUCUUAUCUAUACAUCUACACAAUCUUAUUUUAUUUUCUAAGAACCUCACAUGUUCUGACUGGACCGCACAGAACAGAAUCCAAGCACACACCUUUCCAGACGUCCACGCCUGCAGCUUGGUUUGCACCUGUUCCUCAUGCUCGUCUUCCGCCAGAGCUUGGCUCUCAUAGAGAGAGGUGUGGGAUGUAGGCACACCCCUGGGGCAGCGGGCAAGCAGGCUGGUGAUCUGCAGUGGUGUCUGGAUUACCUGCUAGGGACAAGUGAAGACUUCGCCACAUGCUGGGCUCGGUGGGGCUGCAUGUCCCUCCUUAAUGUCAAAGCAGCCCUGUGCACAUGUCCACAAGCACAGACCCAGUGCAUGUCUGUGUGCAUGCUGGUGCUCUGCUGACUUCCUGUCACGUGACCUGACACCAUCCAAAGACUGUUUAAGAGAAAGAGAAGGAUCCUGAAGGAAAGCUGUUGUGCCUUAUGUAUCUCAGUCUGGAAUGGGAUGCUCUUCCCUUUUGUCGUGUUUGAAAUCAUACCAUGCUUCCCUGCAGCCAUUCAGUCAAACUAGCAAAUAUUUAUACUUUAACCUUAAUUUUUCCAGAUUCAAGCUUAUAUGCAAAUCUUUUGGAAGGAAGUGGUAACAUUGAAUUUAGUAACUUGAAAACUUGACCUUUAACUUUUCAUACCCAAGAUAAUGUAUAUCUGACCAAAAAUUGUCUUGCUGGGGUCUUGAGUUCAAUACUAACCAUCAUUCCCUAUGUAAAUUUUACAUGUUUCCAUGACUGUUGGUAGAAAAAGUUUUCCAUAUUUUGUGUUUGUCAAUUGUUUUUCUCAUUAUACAUGUUGGUAUUUAGUAAUUUGGAGCUUGUAAAAUUUUGACCAUUUGAACUAAAAAUUAUAGGAGGAAUUGUGCCUGUGUUGUUUCUGAAAUUGCAGAAAGGAGGGGAAAGUGGUAGUUUGGGGCCUCUUUAGGGAAAUUUUUCUGAAGGAUUGAAAAUGGGGUAUCUUUUACCAUAUUCAAUUGUAUUUCUAUAAACCCUAGAAAUCCCCUAAAGAUGCAGCCAGUCCCUGGAUGAAACCAUACAAUUAUUUCCAUAAUUAUAAACAUUUAUUUCCUUUAUUAAUAAAGACCCUGAAUCAUC